ACGGUGGCGCCAGCUUUUCCAGCAGAACAGCUCAGGGUCCUGCACAUUUUAUGGCAGUUGCAUUGAACAUUUAAGCAGUAUGUUUCGGAACAGUUUAAGAACCACAGCUCAAUAUGGGAGCUUACCAGAUAAAUGUAUUUAUUAUAGGUCACGUGUGAAGUGCACACCAAUGUCCAAACUAUUCAAGUCGUCUAUAGCGGAGCGAGGGACAUCUCCGGCUGCUUACUGUAUGGAUCAGGUGAAGCAGUACGACUAUGAGAAUUAUCUCUGCUCUCUUCUUUUACCGGCUGGCCUGCGAAGGAGUGCCUUCGCUAUCCGGGCGUUCAACGUUGAGCUCGCUCAGAUUAGAGACAUUGUUUCAAGAGCCGACAUAGGUUUGAUGAGGAUCCGUUUUUGGAAAGAUGCUGUCGAAAGGGUUUACAAGGGAAACCCUCCCGAACAUCCAGUUGCGCAGGAGCUGAGCAUGAUGAUUCAGUCAAAACAGCUGUCGCGACAUUGGAUCAGCAGAAUGAUUGAAUCAAGGGAAAGUAUCCUUAGUGAUAAGCCACAUAGCACUGUUAAUGAGCUUGAAGAAUAUGCUGAAAAAAGUGUGUCAUCCACGCUGUAUUUUAUCCUGCAAGCCAUGGGUGUGCAGGAUGUAGCAUGUGAUCAUGUUGCCAGCCAUAUUGGGAAAUUGCAGGGGUUAACAAAUCUGAUAAGAGGAAUCCCUUUCAAUGCUGCAAAAGGCCGUGUGUAUCUUCCAUCUGAGCUCAUGGCCAAGCACAAGGUGUCGCAAGAGGCAGUUGCACGUGGAAAAGCAGACCUAAAGGAAGUGAUAUAUGACAUUGCUUGUACAGCCCAUCAACACUUAGCUACGGCACGCAGUUUGAAGAAAGACGUACCAAGGGAUGUAAGACUAGUCUACCUUCCUGCGGUUGCUUCCAAUGCAUAUUUAGAAAAGCUACGUCACGCCGAUUUCAAUGUGUAUGAUGGACGACUACAUGUGCGCAAUGGCAUGCUCCCUUUAUCCUUAUGGUGGCAUAAAGUAAAGAGAACUUUUUAGACUGCUAGGUUAGUAGUAUAUUUUCCUUGUCAUCCACUCAUUGGACAUGUGUAUUAAAUAAACACUUCAUUACAGUCA